AUGGCGGGCGAAACAAUCUCUCCAUACAGCUUCGACCAUGUGAUCCUGUUGCUGGAUACACCGGACUUCGAGAACCCACCGUCGUGGUUGACUGAUAAUUUUACCAUAAUCGAGGGUGGGACGCAUGCCGGUGGCUCCUCCCGGAAUAAACUGAUCAUCUUCCCUGAUGGCACUUAUAUCGAACUGAUAAACUGGAUCACCGAACCAAAAGAAUUCUUCGACUGGGCGCAAAAAUCACCAGGACUGAUCGACUUUGCUCUUACAACCCCGUCCUCUGCACAUGACACCGUUGAUGAAGUUAUGAGGCGCCUAGAAUCUAAACCGCAGUCUCGUCAGUCUGAAUCCUCGACAUCGGAUGACCUCUCAGAGGCCGGUGCCGAUGCUGGUGACGGUGGGCUGGGAGUACGUUUUAGACCUCCCCUCGCUGGCGGUCGCAAGCGAAAAGACGGUCAAGACGUCAAAUGGCAUGUCACGAAGCCGCUCCUGGAUGAUUCCGCGGAAAAUGUGCCUAAGCCCCUUGAAAAGUACUUCCCAACUGGGCGACUCGACACGCCGUUCUUCUGCCACGAUGUAACUGAUCGGAACUUGAGAGUGCCGUACACCGAGAAAGAGAUAUCCGACACGCACCCUUGUGGGGCGAGGGGGAUCGUCUCCGUCGAGGUUUUGGUUCCUGAGGAGAAGAUCGAAAGUUACAUACGCCUUUACACCUCCGUUCUGGGCGUGAAACCGAAAGUCCAGGGCGGGUACAGGUACAGACCGAACACCAGUGUAAGCUUCCUGCUCAGCACACCUAAUCCUGACGAGGAGGCUAUGAAGCGCUUGAAAGGAAGGGUCGGUGUGGUGAUUCGGGCGCCGAGAGAUCAAGACGAUGAAGCGUGGUUGAAAGAGAGGGGUGUGGGAAUAAGAGAAGUGAGGCUUUUCGCCGAAGCAAAGAGUGAGGACGAAGUUGACGAGAUGGCGCUGGACAGUGAGGGGAUUGGAGCGAGUCUAGUGCUGGUGAAAGAGCCUGCCGGAUUCUGGGAAGAGGGUAGCUAG